AUGUAUUUGUCCCGGGAGCUACAGGUGGCCAUCAACCGCAGCGCCCUGCCCUUGGUGAAGGUGGACGACCAGCUGAUGCUCCUUCUGCGGGGCUGGCCCACACUGUGUGCAGCGUGCAUUGUGGGCUCCCUGAGCGAGCUCAGCCAAGGCCUAUUGGAGCACGGGCUGCCCUCCAACAUGUUGGACAGUAGCCUGGCAAUUGAGACUUUGGAGUUGGAGAAGGCAUUGGAUAUGAAAAGCAGCAUGACGAGGCAAGAACUGUGCUCUCUCAAGAAGGCGUGUUCCAAGAGUGUCAAAACUCUCACCAAAAGGAAAAUCGCUGACAAAAACCUGCUGGCGGAACUGUUCCAGCCUCCCGAGUUCGAUGAGUCUCAGCCCAGCGAACUCCCUAACGGGGUGGUCUUCAGAGAUAUGAUCCAAAAUCUGAUCCUGGCAGAGCGGAGCCCCUUGACUGGCAAGACCUUUUGUGAUGAAAAAGAGUUGGAGAAGUUUUUCUUCUCCCCUUUGGUCAAGGCUAUCUGGCUGGACUGUUUCUGGUGGGUCUUUCAUGAGCGGUACAAGCCCGAUAAGGAGAUACAGAACAAGCUGUUUGACCGGAUAGCCCUGCACUAUGCCUCCCUUUUAUUUUAUGGCCCUAGGUCCUUCUAUGAGCAGGCAAUCCUAAAGAGGCUGCCGGCGCUCCUCAGUCAAGCCCUGUACACCAGCUUCUGUUGCUGCUUCUCGCAGUCCUGGCUCAACACCCACGAGUUUAAGUCCUCCAUCUGUGACACCAUGGGUCUGUGGUUCUCAGGGUUGUAUCCCAGCCCGCAGAGCUAUAACAGUUGGAACUAUUCGAAACUGGAUCCCGAGAGAUUUCGGAGAGAAGAGCUGAUGAAUCCUGUCAGACACCCAGUGAAGGAUAAGGUCCCCGGGCAAGACAUGAGAUCCUUCUUCAGUCUUGGGCGGCCCAACAGUCCCAAGAGCAACAGGCUCUCAAAAGUCAAUGUUCAGCGGGUCAAGAAUAUAUCAGAAGCCCGAAGCCAGGUGCAAGGUCUCAAACAGGGAAUUUCCUUUGACUUGCUCCCUCUCCCUGAAGUGGCUGGUUGCAUGAAUGUGAGCACUUUAGUGACUCAGUAUAGGCUCUGGAGUGACAAUUCCCUUCUCCCUUCCUUCCCUCUUCAGUCUCACACGGCCAGCAAAAGCCCAACGAUGAAGAAAAACCUCUUCAACCUGUGUGGCAAGAGCCCCCUGAUUCUGCACUUCCUGCAAAACUACACUUUCAUGGCUCAGAACGGGACAGAUGUGCUGUUAACCAGAUUGGAAAGAAGCAGGAUGCUACCAUAUCCUUUGCAGCAGAAGGCUUCCGAGAGAGAGAGAACCUCGCUGACCUACCGGGACAUCAUCCGGCUGGCCCUGAGCAACAUGCUGAAGCGAAGAGAGCUGAUCUCCCACUUGUACCAGCUCCACCAGCAGCAGUGGCAGCAUUGUGACAAGCACCUCCGGGAUCUGUGGGACAACUUCCAGAGGGAGGUGAAGGCUUUGGAUCACAAAGAAGCUGAGAUGAAAAAGGCAAGUCACAAAUUCAUCCUGCCUCAACCCUGUGCAAAACAGUCCGACAAGCUCUGGGAAAGCCACCUGAGGGAAGACCCCCCUCUUGGCCUCCAACCCCAGUCCCCUCAGCUCAGCGCCCUCACCACAGCAUCCUCUCCAGCGCGCGCCCCGGCUUUGAAGCUCCCACUAGCGUGGGCGUGGCCUCAUCAGCUCAUAGACCACGCCCAUCAACGCAAACACAGCCAAUCAGAGAGACUCACGCUUUUACGCACCGCCUUCUUCGGGCUCUUCUGGCGAAUCACCGUCUACCUCUAG